CAAGCGAGAUUAUACUAAGAAAAGUCACAGCCAAGUAAUAUCAUAAAAGGCGUGCACUGGUGAUAUCAGUAAGUGUCCUGAUAAACCAAUCGAGAAAAGGUUGUGUACAAAGCGGCUUUUAAGAGAAGAUAGUGUUUGACGCGAAGACAAUUUUAUUGAACAUAUAUUAUAAAACUGGAGUACAUGAGAGACUGGUGGAAACAGACUCUACAGGAACUUGACGACUUGAACAAAACUGCCCGUUAAUUCGAAGUUAACUUGGCCAUUGGGAGACAUCUUCCACACUAUCAGACGUACAAUGGAGACAGCCAUAUUCGCCCUUGCCGCGGUCUGCCUCUGCGGUGUGAUGUUCGGUUCAGGAGCUGAUGCAGUUACCUGCCCACCCAACCCACGCCAUGGUCAUUUCCAAUUCCUCGGCUCUGCGAGGGAUGUGAGUCAUUACCGCUUGAUAUGCCACUCCGGUUUCCAGGUGACACCACCGAGAGGCGACACUUUGCUGUCAUGCCGGGGCUCUAGGCCGAUCGUAGGAGGACGGAUGGCGACCUGUAGUAGCCACGUAAUGACCUGCUUGUCGAGUGAAUUCAAAUGCAAGCGGAAACAAGAGUGUAUCCCCAGGAGCGUUGUAUGUGACGGCCGUUACCAUUGUCUCGACAAGACGGACGAGUCGCCUUCAGUUUGCAAUGGCAGAAGAGGUAUGGCUUGCACACCAAGGCCGGACUGGAUGCAUGGGGACCCAAACUUCGUCUUCCAGAGAGUCGGUAUCCAAAGCAACACAGGGAUUGUUGAGUACGGAGUUAGUUGCGUGGAGGGCUACAGACUAAAAGGGCAUCACCGGGACACCCCAUUUCUUCAGUGCUCUGCGGGAAAUGUCAUAAGGAAACCAAGAGUUCAUUGUGAAAGAAUACCGGAUGGACAGCCUUGCAUUCUCAUGGCCUCAGUCGACUAUGUGAUCGAAAACUACCAUGAUGACCAGCUGGAUCUGGACAUCGACAAUCACUCGGAGCAGCAGCCAGGAACUCUCCUCACAGUGCGGUGUCGAAACGGCAGAAAAAACGUCACAGUCUACUGCAAUUUGAACGGGAUAUUCGAGGGACUUCCCGAUUGUUCUCGUCAAUAACUGGGAUUGCCUACCGAGGCAACCUAAAGGAUUUCUCUCUAAAGUGAGCUGUGCCUCAAAUAGACGGGAGGAAACCUCAAGUUUGUUUGUCAGAGUGCCGAAUAGUCAAGGAGAAUGUUACAUUUACGCCACGUCGACAUUAAUCGAUAACCAGCUGGAAGAGUGAACACAUCCGCCAUUGUCCUAUUGACUCUUCCAGCUGGUUAAUAAUACCGCGACCGGCACAGUGAUCGUUGUGUGCGGCCCUACUGUCAUGAGCUUGAAUAUUAUGUCCGCUCAUCCAACAGGGUCAUCAUUUCACUCAUCCAGCUGGUUAUCAGUCCAAUAUUCCUGCCGUGACGUCUAAUUCCAGGGCAUUCUGAUUUGGCAAGGUCGUCAUCUCUUCUCAAAUAACCUACAUGUACUAUUGGGGUACAAUUAUCAGUUAUUCCUGUUACUUUUCUUUUUUGUCAUUUAAAUAAACAAAACAAUACUUAUCUACAUAA